AUGCCCAGUGAGGCUAUUGGAGAAGAUGUAUAUUCGAUUCGUUUGUCGACAAAUGGAGAUUUGUUGCAAGCUGUGAGAGGCUUGUAUGGAGAUGAUGCAUUCUAUGAGGGCCAUCAAGCUGAUGAAGAUGAUGAAAAUAUGUUUAGAACAGUUGAUUUCUGGGCAUACAACCUUGAAGCUGUUGAUGAGCCGAUAAAGCGUAGUGGCGCUCACUACAUCACCUUCGACAACAGAAGCAUAAAGAGAGGCAAUUUCGGGUUUAAAUGGGUUGAGAUGGGAAGCUUGGGUGAUCAAGCAUUGUUCUUGGGUAAGAGUCAUUCACUCUGUGUACCGGCGGUUGAGUAUCGAGGAUGCCAGCUGAAUUGCAUAUAUUUUACAGAACAUGGCUCGAAGAAUAGACACAUUCCGCGAGGGCAUUCGGCUGAUGGUGAGACCGAUCGAUACUCUAUUUGUGACAUGGGAAUAUAUGACUGGGAAGAUGGAACCUUUCAAAGGUUUAGCCAGCUAAAUAUCAACUACCAUGUUCCCCCGAUUUGGCUCACAUCAAAUAAAUAG